AUACGUCAGUAGAAGAUGCGCAGGAGGGGAGUGUGAGAAAACAGAUACUAUCUAUAAAGGACGAAAGAAACGACAAACUCCGAAGGAGCCGCCGACAAAAGAAUGUAGUGGAACAGGCGACGUUCAUUAUUCCACAUUUGAUGGGCUGAAAUACGACUUCCAAGGGAUCUGUACAUACACGCUAGUUGAAGACACCACUUUUCUUAAUACCUUCAAGGUCCAUGUGAAAAAUCACCAUUGGAAUUCAGCGACUUCUGUAACAAAGUAUGUGGAAAUUCACUUACCAGAGAAGCCAAAUGUAUGGACUAUUAUCAGAUUUGAACAAGAUGGUCACGGAAAAAACGAAAUAAUAGUUGAUGGAGACCCAGUAGAAGACAGACCCUACGUUCAGAAUGGUUGGUUUUCGGCUGAUUUUUCAGGAAACCGUUUUACGUUUGAGAGUAAACCAUUUAGUCUAAUUGUACGGUUCAAUGUCUAUCCAUAUAGCAGUCGUCCGCAUAACCCCGGAUACGGUAACGUUUGGAUUGAAUUGGGAAGUCAAUGGAUGGGAAAGGUGGAUGGACUUUGCAAAAACUAUGAUAAUGAUACGAAAAACGACUGGACUGAUAAAGAAGGGACUGACUUGACUGGGAACCCAGACAGAGGAACUUUACUCGGUACUAGUUACAAAGUCGACAAUCAAGAAGAUCGAGUUUGUGGCAACAUGAUUAGGGAUAGAAUUGCAGCUGGUCCACGUGGUCGAAAAAUUAAACGUCCCUUUCUCCCUCCUCCACCUAUUCCAGAGGCUUUGAAGUUCUGCAGCAGUAUUAUCAGUCAAAACGGAUUCUUCAAACAAAUUGUAAAUAAUCACGAAAGGAGUGAUUUUGAUACAUGGGAGUCAGACUGUAAGAUGGACUAUAGUGCAGAACCAAAGGCAAAGUGUGAUAUUCUCGAAACGUUUGUCGUCACAUUCAGGAACAAUGCUCGGGACAUCAUGGGUUGGAGGGAGAACUUCAACUGCG